GAGCAACAAUGUAUGGAGCCUCAGCUGAGAGAGUUUGAGGUCUUGGAGUGUCAGGAGAUACACGCAUUCUUAGAAAAUAGGGAUCAGGACGAAGACGAUGAUGAUGGAGGAAGCUUGAGAGAUGGAAAAGAUGAGGGACCCAUGUCAAUAUCCUCCAGCUCAACUGCCAGCUCUGCUUCAAUCGGAGUGAGGAGAAAUGACAACGACAGCAACAAAGUGGAGGGCAGAAUACAGAGGGGCAAAGAGAUGCAGAAAAGGGUUGCCUGUCACAGCACUGAAGAGCUAGACAUUUGUGUGACAGGCUCAAUAGAGAGACAAGACACCAGGUCAGGGAGAGCAGGAGACAGGGAGAGACGAAAGGGAGGUCUGAAGGAGUCAAAGUCAGAGACAAAUGUCUUCGUCUCCAGUCUGUCAGCUGUUGCCCUCAGCGGGAGUCUGUCGAGUGUGCUAGAUACUAGCGGAGAAGCCCUUUCUCUCAUAUCGAAGACCAACCUUUAUCCCAACACAAACAACACUACCUCAGCCCAGACGAGAAGAAGGGCAGCCCCUGCAGAUGCCAACCAGACCUCCCCUCCGAUGCAUCCUCAGGAGAAGCCUCGCAUUCCUCAGUUCUACAGUCACGAUCGAAGACACGAGGAGCAAAGUCUGCAAAGAAAUGAAUCCUCUUCUGAUGUAGGUUUGGGACAAAGAAGGAGGGCUGGUUUUGAGGAGAGGGUCAUGCCACCACGACGGCAGCAGCUUGUCAGACCUCUGUGCCAGACAGAGACGGGAAGAGCAAGACAAGAUGAUCAACAGGCCGAAACAGGACUGUCUUCUGUCCAAAAACCUACUCAAGAUUCACACAGUAGUGGAUCGAACAGAAAGUUUACAAAAUCCUCUUUACGAGAACCAUCAGAUUUCUCAUCCCUCUACAAUACAUCUGGAGUCUCGCAGCCUAGACAACCAAAUCCAGCAGUCCAGAGGGAGGCUCGUCCCAUAGAGAAACAGCCAGCUGCAACUGCAUGGCGGAACUCAAGUCCUUCCAAUCCCUCCACUCUAGACAAGAGACCCCAGACUCAGCUUACAUACAGAAGAAACUGCUCCAGUCCCAACAGGACAGGGGUUGAUUCAAGGUCAUCUACCCCUCCCCACUCCCCGCUCAGGACACCCCAGGGUUCACCACGCAGGCAACCCUCCAUGUACCUCGUUUCCAGGAAUGUCCCUGGAGUCGUUCGACACAUCCCAGGAUGCAACCCUGCUGUAACAACAUCAGCUCAGGGCUAUGGCAACAGCUGCAUGAGAGCACCAGUCAAAACCAACAUAAGCACAAGUGGAAUCCCCAAAGCGCCUCUAAACAACCAGCAGAGCUCAAGCCCCAAAGACAGCUCCCCAUCACCUAAACUCAAACCGAAAGGGGUUCGGCCCAAAAUCAUCACCUACGUCCGUAAGAAUCCUCAGUUUAAGCCCCAGGCUGCUGACGGGCCUUAUCAGGUAUCCUCUCUACCAUCCAGGCUCUCAGCAUACACACACAACCAGAUGCCCACUUCCUUCAAAGACACCCCGAAAGAUCCCUCCAAGCCUGACGCAGACACCAGAGGAGCCCCCGUUCUCAGUGCCUCCAACCUGCUGUAUGACAAGUAUCGCCAAGAGAUGCACACAAACAUCUUUCCAUCAGGAGUGCUAAGCAGGAGCAUCAGGGCCCCGGGACACACGCACAGCCACACUGCACCACCCAAACUGGGCAGCAAAGCAGACAAUUUCUACGGGGCACCAUCAGAGGUGGGCAGAUCUUCCAGUUUAAAAGGUACUGCUGAGGACGCACUACUGGCCCGAACAGCCGCUCAGGCUGGAGGAAGCGGCAGUCUCCUGCGCUCUGGCCGGGGUCUGCGUCUGGGCCUGGGAGCCGUCAACAGGACGACCACAGGAUCAGCCAAGGGCAGAGGGCCUGCUCAAGGUCAGAAGUCAACCCUUGUCGUCAGCCAGCCCAUUCAACCUGUCAUCCCGGCACCGAGUCAGAAAAGCCAAGAUAACACAGAUGAGGUUUUUACCCAUCACGCUCCUGCUCCAGCCACAGCAGCAGCUCAGCCCCCGUCUGCCGCCUCCAGGUCUCUGCUUCCCAAAACAAGCCAAUCGGGCCUGCGCCCUCCAGGCUUCAGCUCCAGCCGCCUCCCUGCCGGACGCCUGGCAGCCUUCGGCUUCGUCAGGAGCUCCAGCGUGUCUUCCGUCUCCUCCGCUCACUCGGCCGAUAGCACGCAGAGCGACCCCUGCAGGACAGCUCACCGUCUAAGUGUGAGCGAGGAGCCUCCCCUCCACAGAGUGACCACCGGCCCUCCUACAAUAGACCACCAAAGAGGGCCACCAUGUCGCAGCAAUAGCCUCCAGCCUCCUUCAACCCCAGCCCUGCCACGACGCUAUCUGCCCGCCCAGCCAAGAAGCUCCCCAGGAGUUGGCAGGAAGGAGUUUCAGCGGAGUUCAGAGAUCACACGCUCGCUCCCGUCUUCUCCAAAGAGGCUGGCUGUGGUUCCCCCGAAACCUCAGUCCCCCGUGCAGUCUGGGCAGCGGCCAGCAGCAGCAGUGCGAGGAUCAGCUCCCCCGGGGUCCCCUCGCCGCGUCGCCCCUCUACGCUUGCAGCAGGAGCAGCAGGAGAGCCUACAGAGAGAAAAAGAGGAGGCUCAACAAAAGGAGAGAGAAAGGCAGGCUGAGGAGAGGGAGAAAGAAGAGCAGAGGGAGGAGGUUCAGAGGCUGCAGGGACGCUGUGAGCUGCAGGAGAGGCAGCUUAGAGCGCUGAAGGAGGAGCUGAAGAAGACGUCCCUGGGUUUGGAGGCCUUCAUUAUCACUACUCAGCAUUACUGCCUCAAGAACAAAACGUCAGAAGAAAGUCAGAGGAAAAUGGUCGCUGAAAUGCAGAAGAUCAGAGAGGAAGUGGCAUCUAACUCGGCACGCUGGGAGAGACUGCACCGAGAGAAGACAGCCCUGGAGGUGGCCUUUGAGAGAGAGCUCCAGGAGCUGCAGGUGCAGCAGGAGGCCGAGCUGGCUGCCGUGGAGGAAGGGCUGAGGAAGUGUCACGCAGCAGAGGAGGAACACCUGAAGGCCGAGCAUUGCUCAGAGAUGCAGGAGCUGCGGACUCAGCAGCAGGAACAGGUGGAGGAGAUGACUGUCCACCAUCAGGCAGCCAUUCAGGAGCUCAGAGACAUGCAUAACAUCACCAUGGCAACACUGCAUGAGGAGCAUGCCCGAACCAUGAGAGACUUACGGAAAGCUCAUGAGCAACAGAAGGUGCUUCUGGAGGAGGAUUUUGAGAAACUGAGGCUUUCUCUACAGGAUCAAGUAGACACGCUCACGUUCCAAAAUCAGAGUCUGAGGGACAAAGCCAAACGCUUCGAGGAGGCUUUGAGGAGAAGCACAGAUGAACAGAUAGUUGAUGCUUUGGCUCCAUAUCAGCACAUUGAGCAAGAUCUGAAGAGCUUGAAGGAGGUUGUGGAGAUGAAGAACCAGCAGAUACACCAGCAAGAGAAGAAGAUCUCUGACCUGGAGAAAGUGGCCCAGAAGAACGUGUUUCUUGAGGAGAGAGUCCAGGUUCUGCAGCAGCAGAAUGAAGAUCUAAAGGCUCGGAUUCAGUUGAACCUAGCAAUGUCCAGGCAACUAUCAGAAGAGAAUGCCAACCUCCAGGAGUCAGUAGAGAAGGAAAGCACAGAAAAGAAGCGUCUCAGUCGUAACAAUGAAGAGCUCCUGUGGCGUCUCCAGACAAGCCCCCUCAUGUCCCCUUCCUCCUCCCCUCUGCACCGCUCCUUCUCCACCUCCCCCGUACCUUCAUCCCCAUUCUUCGCCUCCUCACCUGUAGCAGGGUGUGACUCUCCCACCCACUGCUAUGGCUGCCCCCAGCAGGCUCAGUACUGCUCCCCUUCCCACAGAGCUGCUGCCGCUACUAAUCAGAAUCUCUCCCCUGGACCGGCCACGCCCACUCACAGGGCAGCAAGCAAUCAGAAUUACUCACCUGGCCCGGCCACGCCCACACACAGAGUGUCAGCCAAUCGCUGUAACUCUCUGCAGAGAUAAGCUUACACUGUUCUGUCUCUUCGAUUUAUUUUCUCCCCCUUUUUUGAAUGUGAAUGGAGUUAAGGUAUGAUCUGGAAAAAAAUAAGGCCAUUACAACCUGUAUGGACACAAAAUCCUGAAAUGUAGACUGUACAUACUGUAUGAUAGCGACACAGAUUGUGCUGACAUGUAGUUAAACCUUCCUGCAUUCGUAGUCUUGAGUCCCACAAACAUAGAAAGUGUACAGAUGGACAGUAGCACUCUCUCUGAGGCCGUGUAGACCUGGGAUUAUCACAUAUCAAGGGUGAUCUGACUGCAAGUGGAUGGCAUUAACAUGACAUUAACAUGUAUCUCAUUUUCAUCUAGAUUGAAAACGUGAUCUUAUCUCACUGGCAUUGCAUCCCUUUUUUAACUCCCUAGUGCUAUACUUCACAGAAAAAUGAACAUCAUGUUUUUGAGAGGACUUCUCUUGAUGUGUAUUUAGGUUUCACUGUUCAACCUAUGUCUGAUCAUUUACAUGGUGAAGGUAGAGCCUUGCUGUCAAACUUUUUUAACAUCAGUGGAAUAAACAAAUUUCCUAGGUGAUCAUCAUUCCAAACAAUGUCUUUAAGGACAACAGAGAUGCACGUUCGCAGCAGACAUAGUGAGAUGAAGGGCGUCAGUCAAUAACAAAAGAAUGUCCAUGCAUUCAUCCAUCCAUUUUCUAUACUGCUUACCCAUUGGGGGUCACAGGGGCUAAAGAAUGUGUGACUUUCUAAAUAAAUGUCCUUUAGAUGUUCCACUUUAGACGAAACACUGCAUAUUGUGCCUCUACAAAAAGACUGUUGGGGCAGGUCUGGCAGUCUUUCCUUGUAACAUGAUGGGGAAAAACGCUCAUAGAAGGAUGAUUACAUGUGGGGAAAAAUGACAUCUAAAACAUGCCUAAGCCUUUGAGUGACACAACCAAGCUAAAAGAAGCACUGUCCCAUGCAAUUAACAUUACUACAUAAGCCAGUGGAUCUAAGUUAGCUUUAGCAGCAUGAGAUUUAGCAAAUUUAGCUGAAGGAAAAGAAUCCAUGUCAACAAUGUAGCUAGGUAGC